AUGACUAUUGAACGCAGGAUAUUUCAUGUAAGGGGAAAAGUACCAAUGGCUGUAGACUUAAGGAUGUCUCGUGAAGCGGACGUUGCAUCGUCCGUCCGUGUAGACAUGCUGAUGCCGGCUCGACAUUCGGAUCCUAACCUCAUGGCAGGCAACGUGCCGUCCGCCAAUUACAAUGUAAUAUCUGAGAACCUGCGCAGAGUUACUCCGAAUGGAAUCCAGUGCUCAUUUUUCUGCGGUGGACGGCGAUGCAAAUACGAGACCCCUGACCACUGGGAUUCAGCUCACAUGGCAAUUGAUGGAAUAUUUUCUCACUGAAUUCCAAAAUCAUUAUCACACCAUCGCCUGCCCAACCAACCACCUCAGGUAUGUCCGAAAAGGCUGGGAAUUAAACCUGGAGGUAGAGAAGUGUGGAAUUUGAGAGUACAAAAGUCCUGUGAUGAAUAUGUAAUCAGUAUUUGA